AUGAGUCCAUCAGCAAAGAAGAGGCUCAAGAAUACAGUGGUUUCCAAGAUGCAAGAUGAGGAACCACGGGACAAGAUACAGCAGCCUGUCAGCAAAGUAAUUGCGCGGAACCGACUUAAAGCGGUGCUAAAAAACUUGGCGCUCUUGAAGCUGCUUGAGAGCUCGAACCCUCGGACCCAAGAACUGCAUAACCUGGCCAAAAGGUGUUGGAAUUCCCUGCUCAGAGUUCCGAAGAUCCGCAGGGUCUCCUCUGGCCACGAAGACGUCUGGGAUACAGUAGAACAAAAUAACAAAGAUCUUCAGGAGGCUGGGUGUCCCAACAAGAAACUGGACUCCAAGAAAUCAGAGCCCCUGAGGGAGCCUGAGGACCCGGAGCAGUCAAGGCCCAAGGCGGCACUGCGGAAGGGGCACACGGCAGAGCAAGCAGUGCCGCACGAGGAGGAGUGGCCGGAGCCUGAGGUCCCCGUGACGUCAAAGGGUCGUGGCCUGCCCACUGGCCCUGGAGCCCAGGAGAGGCAAUCACCCACUGUGGACCCCCGGGUCGUCUUCCUGAAGACCCACCAGUACAGAACUCCCAUGGAGGACAUGAAACAGCUGGACACAGCAGACCAGUGGAUCUGGUGUGAGGGGCUGCCCACACGAGUCCACCUCCCAGGGCCCCGAGUGAUGUGCAGACCAUCCGCCCUGCGCUCGGUCAAGCGCUGCUGCACCCGCCUCUGCUCGGCAUCACUUGAGCUGCCAAUGGUCCGUCCAUACAAGAUGUGACAAUGCCACUGCCAGGCUAGGGUGUGACCUUGGAUGGGAGCCAGAGGUGUGCGGAGAGGGCGGAGAUCGCGCAACCAUCUCAAC